AUGUCCACGGAAAGGAAAACGAGCAACUGUGUCAGAACUUACGCUUGGGCAGAAUCGUUCUUAUGGUUUUCCAUAAAGGUGGAUGACAUUACUAUGUCGGCAACAGCCUUGCCGACCGUCUCUGGAGAAGAUUCCACUGGCAAAGCUGAGCGUAUGGGACGAGAAGCUGACGCUCAGUCAACUACUUCGGCCGAUUCUGGCAAUGGAUCGCUCAAUAUUAGUUCCAUGCAUGACGGUGCGCCGGUGCAAACCUGGUCGACAACGAAUGAACCGAGCGAAGAACAGGUUACGCCUAGCUGUCUAGGCUCCAUGGAAAAUCAGCCGCUGAUUGUGAAAGAAGUAGACGAAGAUGCAACACAAAGUAAAGACGAUGAUAGACCGAGCUUAAAAUGGCUUCCAGGCCAAUUACUUGGUUCAGAUCUCGCAGCGAGUAAAGGAUCCUUAUGCUCGUCAACGACAGCAUUAUGUCGCAUAUGUCAUACAGAAUUUGAAAGCCCACGAGAUCCAUUUGUCUCACCAUGUCGAUGUUCGGGUAGUCUACUAUAUGUACACAGGAGUUGUUUAGUGCACUGGCUCGAAUUAUCCACACGAAAAAUGGUCCCCGCACCGCGUUGCGAACUUUGCGGUUAUAAUUAUCGAAGACGAAAUUGCAUCAAUAUCUCUUCACUACACUUUCCACACAUAUCAGCUCGAGAUCGCCUUUUGAAUCUGUUGUUCAUAGUCGUUUUUAUCAUUAUGGUGGUAUGCGCAGUGCUUUCCAUACAUUUCCUCCAACUUUCGGAGCAGUAUCAUUCGACAUUGAGGGGCUAUCGAGUGGUAUCCUCUUCACUAUCCGAUGACGAUGUCACUGUCGUUGUGUGCUCGGUGCUCUUCUUCGCUGCCUUCUUUAUAGCUGUAUUUACACAAUAUCGAGCUGAAGCCUCUGUAUGUCGGGUAAUAUUUCGAUGUUGGACGACAAAUAGAAACUGGACUAUCCGGCAUUAUGACAUAAGAGAUGACCCAGAGAUGUUGGCACAUCGACAAGCACGAGGUGUACUAGUGGUGGAUCCACCUGUUGUAAAGAUAGCACGACCGGAUGGAUCUGGCAAAGUCGAAAACCGCCUAUCAGUUGCUAGUCGACAACUGCCGAUAACUGUCAUGGAAACGCGAUGAGGGGGCCAAAACUUUACUCCUCACUGACUGCCCUCGAAAAGAACCGGUCCAGGAACAAGCCAGAACUUGCCACUCGACGCAUAUCUUGCAAAAUUCUUUCACACAUCAAAGUUCUGCAGUGGAUUUCCAUUUUAUUGUAUAGUUUGUCACAAAAAUGUCGACAACGGGUCCCAAACUGAUUGCAUGCGCCGCUUCAGCUAUCAGUUAUACUUUCGAGUGCCACAUAGAGUAUUCGAGCUAGUCUUUCUCAAGUUGCAUUCUUCGUUCACAUAUGCCUCGCCCUACUCUCAGGAAUUAGAGUAAAACUCAACAAUUGCCGUCAGCUAUCUGCUUUCUUUGCAGUGCCUUUUUUCAUCUACUUCUCUUGCCAUUUGUAUUUGUAAUCAUUUUAUGACAAUAAACAUAGAUGAUCUGCGAG